UCAAAAAUUCGGACGUAUUCAGAUUCAGAGCCGUUUCAUGCUGAAGUGUUUCGUCCUCGGCGUAUUAUUAACGUGUGUUGUGUGAACGAAGAAAACUCGGAAGAUAAGUCCAAGCAAGCAUUGAAGUGUUUUUUUGGUGGCACGAGAAAGAGGUGCCUUUUCUGCAGCAGGAUCGUGCGGCGCAUGCCGGUGACUUGAGAAGACGUAAUAAUCUGUACCGCGACAGUGUGUGUGAACGGUUUUUAUCUGCCGCGGCCGGUUACUAGUGCGCGGGGCGAAGCAAUAAACAACGGUGGCAGGUGCUACGAAAGUACCGCCGCUACAUUGCACUUUACUACGUGUCGGCGACGGCGGUGUGUUCUGAGGUGUGCAAAGAUCAAGGACGAUCGUCCACACGCAGCUCCUCUGCCGACAGUUUUCGAGGUGAACCUCAACCGGUGAAGUCACCAGCCGGGCGUGUCUCCCCUAUCAGCGAGAAUCCUGCGACAAUUCGUCCGAAAGCAAACGAUUUGCCGACCCGUGUUGAAUACAGUGUCUGACGCAAUGAAGGCAACUCAUCUACCGCUGAUGGCGGCCUCCGUCCUGGUGUGCGGGGCCGUGCUGAUGGCGCUCCUGCCCCCGGUGGAAGCUUGCAGCUGCUACCCGGUGCACCCGCAGACCGCUUUCUGCGAGUCCGACUACGUGAUCGUGGUUCAGGUCGUGCGUCAAACGGUGUCAAAAAACAGAAUGCACGCAUACAAGAUUGCAAUCAAGAAGGAGUACAAGAUGUCCGAAGAUGCACGGGAAGGAUUGCGCCACGGCAAGCUGUACACCGCACAGGAUGAAGCUCAGUGCGGCGUUAAGCUCGAGCCGAACAAGGUGUACGUGAUCGCGGCCAACACCCCGAUGGUGGGGCUCUGUAACUUCGUGCGGCCGUACUCCAACCUGACGAUCGUGGAAAAGCGUGGACUUGCCGGCGUCUACCGUAAGGGUUGCGGGUGCAACAUUGAGCCGUGCUUCGGACCGAAGUGCAUCGUGAAGCCGAAAACCUGCAACUGGUCACCGUUACUGCCGAAGGGUCAGUGCGAAGAGAGCUACGGGUCGUGCGUGCCGGCCGGACGGGCGCAGGAGAAGGGAUUCCCGACCAAGUGCCACUGGCGUCGAUCGCCCCGGUUCGGGGAGUGCGUCGCCAAAAACGGAGGCAAAUAGAGGUUGUGACCGUACACCGCGCCGCGUAAUAUUGUUGUUAUGAACGUUUGUAAUUUUAUGAUCCCUCCCUCGAAUCCUUGUGACGCUCGAUCGGUCGGUCGGACCCAGCCGGCACAGAACGGUUUAUUUAUCACGCCCCUUUCCAACCCCCAUCCCCAUACCAUUGAUGUAAAGCGUAUGUUUUAUGUUCAUUGUGGGCCAAUGCACACCACACCCCGAGAGCGCCGUUGGCCGAUGAAUGUAAAUUAUUUUCCGUUUAAGUACAAAUUAGCCAUCAUGUAAGCGUAAAUUAAACGGAGGGCAGCGCCGGCAGCAGUCGGUCGGUCGGUCGGGUCCGGUGUCUCCGGCCCGGCGCACUGUCCCGGCUGCCCGGUGUGCGGUGAACAAUUUUUGCACAAUAUACAUUGUAAAAU